UGUCAGCUUAUAUAGUUAAAGAACUUAUUCGUUGUUGGUAUAUAGAAAACAAACUAUCAGACUGCUUUUUAUUCACUUACCCAUAGUAACUUAACUCUUACCAAACUUUCAGUAGAUUUAAGGAACACACUUCACGAUUUUAAGUCAAUUUUCAUUCAUUUUUAUCUACAAAGUAGCUCUUAUAUAUAUGAUCCGUAAGUCAAAUGUUUCAUACUUUAUCGACAACUCAACCCUAUAUUAUGGAAAAUUUAAAUAACUAAUUAAUUCAAAUUGUGCUUAAGCGACCACCAAACUAAUCAACAACCAUUAACCCUUGUCCACUAACAUAAAACUAGAGUGUACUAUACCGAUUCUUUCACUUUCAUAAAACAUAUAACAAAAGGACGACUUAAAAAAAGAUGAACAUUACAAAAAUGGUUUCAAUAUGUUCCAUAUGGAAGGGGCAAAAAACUUAAAGCACGUAUGGAGUUGUAGUCUUGUAGACUAGAAAAUUGCGUCGAUGGAGACAUAAACAGAGCAAAGCUGUGAUGGGGGAGUAUAUGAAAACGUUAACUCAUUUGCGAAUUUAAGUCCAACAAUUUAUUAGUCAGUUGUUAGCAGUUGAAGUAACUAUAAAGAGUUUGUUUAAAUAAAAAAAUGUUUGCUCUAUUCACACUAUAUAAACGUUAGUAAUGGUCGAUAGGUCAUGCUCAUCGAACUGCACAAGAUAAAAAAAAAUAACAAGAAGAGACAUGGGGCGUCUAGUAAACGGAGCUGGUCUCUUGGUUUUGUUGUGUUUCCAUGUCUUUGUGGUGUGUAAUGUGGCUGCGAGAGAUGGUGUGAUGAGCUUUGGCAAAGAUGAAGAGGAGAAGACCUUCAUAGGAGGUGGAAAGGGAUUUGGAGGAGAUUUUGGUAAAGGAGGUGGAAUCGCUGGCGGGAUAGGCAAAGGUGGAGGCUUUCUUGGCGGAGGCUUUGGUGGUGGUGGAAUAGGAAAAGGCGGUGGUUUUGGAGGAGGAUUCGGUGGAGGAAUAGGCAAAGGCUUUGGCUUUGGAAAAGGUGGUGGCUUCGGCAAAGGAAUAGGCAAAGGCUUUGGCAUUGGUGGUGGAAAGAUUGGACACAACUGAGAUAAACAAGAAGAAACUUGUAGUUGCAUUGCAUGAGAGACUUUGGGAAUAAAAUAACUUUGUUUAUUUUAAUAUGAGCUUUUAGACUAUCUA